UUUCUGAAAAAUGUCAAUUAAAGAAAAGAUAUCUGUCAAUUUAUAAAUAUUAUACACUAUAUUUAUUUUUUUAAAUUUUUAGAAAAUUCAUUUACAUAAUGGGAUUUAGAUUUUCACAGACCUUUUGAAUAAAGAAUCCCUUUUAUGAUAAGAUAAUCCUACUCAAUUAACAAUAUAAAGAAACAUUUUUGGAUUUUAAAAAGAUGCCAAGUAACAAAACAAUAUAUAAAGUCAAAUGUGACUAUAUUAAUUGUAAAACUUCUAAAAUAAGAAGUGACAAAAUAAAUAACCAUUAUAAACAUAAACAUCCUCAUGUCAAGUUAUCUGAUAUCAAAUUUACAAAGAUAGCUAUCAAAAAGGAUAAUAAUUGGGUAUCCUUAAAUAAAGAUAUUCCAUUCAAUAUCACAAAUGGGGUUGAAACCAAGUUACAAAAAAAAUCAAUAACAUCUUACUUCCAAAAACACAAAUCUUUUAUUGAAGAUUCCCAAAUUAUAUUAUCUCAUACAAUGCCCAGUUCCAGUGAUCUGCUGAUUUUGAAUAAUGAGCUCAAAUCUUUUACUGAAGAUUCCCAAAUUAUAUUAUCUCAUACAAUGCCCAGUUCCAGUGAUCUGGUGAUUUUGAAUGAUGAGCAUGAAUCUUUUAUUGAAGAUUCCCAAAUUAUAUUAUCUUCUCAUACAAUGCCCAGUUCCAGUGAUCUGCUGAUUUUGAAUAAUGAGCACAAAUCUUUUACUGAAGAUUCCCAAAUUAUAUUAUCUCAUACAAUGCCCAGUUCCAGUGAUCUGGUGAUUUUGAAUGAUGAGCAUGAAUCUUUUAUUGAAGAUUCCCAAAUUAUAUUAUCUUCUCAUACAAUGCCCAGUUCCAGUGAUCUGCUGAUUUUGAAUAAUGAGCACAAAUCUUUUACUGAAGAUUCCCAAAUUAUAUUAUCUUCUCAUACAAUGCCCAGUUCCAGUGAUCUGCUGAUUUUGAAUGAUGAGGUAUUUAAUUUAAAUAAAACUAUACACUCUUUAAUAAUAAUCAAACACACAAAGCCCAAAUAUUAUUCAAUUAUAUAA